AUGGCCAGUUUUCUACAGGACUCAUCGCUGUUUCGGUCGAAAUUGGCGACGUUCAAGCUGGACAAGUCGGAAAAAGACGUUGGAGACGUGUCGGAGACAACACUCUGCAACGACUCAGGGAUUGUAGAAGAGGGAGAAAACAAUGUUUUUGUUGACCGUGCUCCUCAGAAGACGAGAUUCGCUCCAGAAAUGCCCCCUAAGCCCCAUAAAAGAAGAAAACACGCGGAAACACAGGCAUCGAUCGAUUACCUGCUCUCCACGAUCUCGCAUCUGAACACCACCACGGAGAAGAACGACUCAGAGCUCAGACAGACAGAGGCUAAACUAGCGGAGGCAAACGGAAGACUUGCAGUGUACAAGAGACUGGCUACGUCCUUCAAAGAGAGGCUGAAGUCGCUGGAGUCAGACCUCUGUGUUUCGCGGAAAGAGCUGCUACAGGGAAAAAAGAAAUGCACGGAUUUGAGCAGAACCACUUUUGAGGUGCUGAAGGAGUCCAGAGAGCUGAAAAGAACCGCCCAAGAUACCAGGGAACAAUUACAGCUGCACAUCAAAAGGUUUGAAUGGCUCAAGGCCAGGCAUAUUGACACACAGGGUAUGGCGACGAAACAGGAGAUAGAGAUGACGUCUUUGCGAAUGAGGCUCGACGACGCUCUUUCGAGAUUAGAGGAAGAGCGGUCCAGGAACGCAGAGCUGAUGAAGAUGGUUGGAAAUAAGGAUAAUUCAGCUGUUUCGACAGAUAAGCUGGAAAGCGAUGUUCACCAAAUAUAUACAAUUGGAGCCAAGUUUGAGCAGGGUUUGGUAGCCGUGUCGCGGAAAAUGUCUGAGCAGAUGCGUCGACUGGCGGAGAAUUCUGAGAAAAUCCCUGCAAAGCUCGAGGAUAUCGAGAGGACGCUGAAUUCGGUCCAGGAAGCGCAGCAGCUCUCUGGAGACCAGGCUCUGCUCGACUUCAAGCAGGCAAAGCGAGAGGUGGAGUAUCAAUCACUGAUGGAGGAAUAUAGCCGCUUAAAUGCAGAGCAUGCAGACUUUGAGAAGCAACACAGCGACAAGUUAAGGGAGAUCGAGAUAUUGAAGCAGACCGUGGCGUCCCAGGCCGAGCAGCUGGCAUCUCUGGGGCCGCAAUCCACAAAGCUCAACCUAAAGGAAGAGUCGGAAAAGCCUAAAGCCCUUCGCAAAAGAAAGAGAGGCAGACCGAAGGCGUCACAUCUCCUCAACUAG